AUGUCGCACCACCAACGUUUUGAUCCUGACCUAGAGGGAGUUGUCCUGGGCAAGAAGUCGUGGAUGAACAACCUACCACCACCACCGUCACCACUUCCACCAACCCUGCCGCCGCCCAAGGAGAAGGAAUCCGAGCCUGUCUACAAAUUUGUUGUGAAGGAUGAGGACGAGUGUCUCAAGGCACUGGAAGAAGAGGCCAGAAGGUCUCGUUACGGGAGAUACAUCUCCCAUCUCAAGUAUUCCGAGUUCGAUUGGACAAUUCCCGUCAAAGAUUUCCAAGCGGGCAAAUGCAUUGUCAAGGGCAUGGACUGCCAGCUCACUCCCAUCAUGGCCAAGGCGCUCCGCGGACAUUUCCUUCCCAAGAGACACCGGGAUUGGGACGAGAAGAUGCAGAAGAAGGCCGAGGAGGAGGCAAAGGGUACCAAGCGAAAGCUUGGUGAGGCAUUCCCGGCCUCAGAUAAUGGAGAGUAA